CUGUCGGACGCCAACGCCGACGUGUGCGUGCUGUGCGGCAUCGGCGGCAGCCUGGUGUGUUGCGACGCCUGCCCAGCCGCCUACCACGUGCGCUGCGUGGGGGAGAGCCACCGCGUGGCGGGCGCGUCGCGCUGGCUGUGCCCAGAGUGC